GUCGCGUUCGUUGCUAAAAUUUUGUACGGUGUUGUGUCUCGUGUUAAUUUUAGAAAUUCCGUCCUAUUCAUUUGAAUUCAGACUGUGGUGGCACACGGGAGAACGUUAAGUGAGCGCAUUAUAUAUAAUAGCUGCAUUGCAAGUGGAAAAAAGUAGAAUCAAAGUUAGACGGAGUCGUGUUCAAUAAAAUUUUUGCUUUUUUAAAAUUGUAUAUGUGGAAAGUGAAUUUAGAUUCCAUUUAAAACAGCAGAGUAUAUAAAGAAAUUACAGUUUCCACAUUCCAUAGCAUGGCAAGUGGUUGUGAGUAAAAAAGUAUAUAUGUACGUGUAUAUAAUAAUAUGCUGAGCAACUGGUGUAAUUCCAAUUGGAAAAUAUAUAUUUGUCUCGUUAAGGAAAGAAACACGACAAGUAGAUAGAGAGAAAGAAAAAAAACGAAGUGAAAAAGUAAAACUGUCCAAAAAUAAAAAGUCAAAGCCAAUAAAUAUAAAAAGAUAAAACGAAAAUUUCGACAGUGCUCGCAAACGUGACAAAUUGUGAAACGUGUAUAUGUACAUACAUAUGUAUUUGUAUAGAAAAAAAGUGUUUUACUGAGGAAACGACGUAAAGUAAAGUGAAAAAGUUCGUAUGCUACUUGCUGUCUCAAAUAUCUUAUAAAAAUCACGUUUUCAACAGUAUUCUUCACGUUUUAUUUUUGAAAAUUAAAUUUUGUGUGCGCAGCGACUAAGAGCCGAUUCAAGGUUUUCGUAAAAAACUGAAAGAGGGAACGAAUAGCGUAAAGCAAAAAAUGCAAAAUAAGUUAACUUGUUGAAAAGCAAGACGAAUAAGUAAAAUAUUUCGGGCGGUGUCGUUCACUCGCUAUACUAUCGCAGUUAGUGUUUUCAAGCCAUUGUUGCUACCCUUAUAUUACUUGAAUGGAAAAUUUCAAAUGAAAACCGACGAAUAAAGUAGCCAAUGAAGGAAGAAAGAAAAUAAUAAAUAUCGCCUCGUUGUGGAAAAGAUAAAUUUGUAUAGUGGUUUUAUACAAAAAUAGCAGUGAAACAACACAUAUAAAAAGUAUUUGGAAGAUUACCACGUUACUGAUUAAGAAACCUACACAAAUAAACCUGAAGAGCUGUGCAUGUGCGACUUUUACCAGAAACGUUGGUAUUAGUGAGUGUAUUCAGAGAUAAGAAUAUAUAAAAAUACGUUUGUUAUCUGUAGUCUUAUCAGUGUAGUACAGCUUUUAACGCUCACAAAUUUAUUUUAAACAAAUUGAUUGCCUGCCUGGUAAAGUUGCAAAACAUCUGAUUCUUCAUAUAUUAAUAACAAAAUUAGUAAAAGUGAACUAAAGUAAUAUUUAUUAAAAAGACCGAAAUCAAAAUAAUUAAUUUGUACAGAAAUUGUAUGUUAUGGUAAUUUUAGACACAAGGCGCCCAGUUUAUGAUUUAAGUGCCUAUAGUUGUAGAAAUUACUUUUGGAUAUUUAAACGAACCCAAAAAAAGCAUUUGUAUUGAUAAAAAGAGCGCGGAUUGCAAUUUAAGUGAAAUGGGGAAAUUGUUGAUAUUGUGAUAAUAUUGUACCUGCUCCAGGAUUUGGCACCAUUCUCUAUUUCGUGUUCAAUCCAACACGUUAAAAGGUACAAUUCCGUUUUUUUAUAAUCUAUAAACUAAAAAGUUUAUGCUGGUUCUAAUGUUCGACAACCGAAAGAUUUAAAAUAUAUUUUGUUUCAAGCCGUUAUUGAAAGAAUAUAUUUGUAUGUAUAUUGAAUAAUAAAAAAGUACUGCGUGUAAUUUCAUUGAAACUAAUCACACCGAAGUCGAAGGUACCAGUUAUAGUUAUCUCAACUAAUAAGAACGGGAAUAGCAAGUGUAAAAGGGACUACCGUGAAACAGCAUCAUUGCAAAGACAGCCAAAAAUAUCCAGAACACUAUAUUGCUUGUUUCAUCUCUUGCAACUGUAGACUCCAGUCAACUAAAAACGAUUGCCACCAUUCCACCUCAACUGCAACCAGUACACAACAACAAAAUUAAGUACGAAGUUAUGGAAUCGUACUGGAGCGAAACAAAUGGACACGCUCCGCAUUCGGUUAAGUAUGAAAGCGAAGCAGCAGUAUCCAGUUUUCCUUAUUGCACAGAAUCUAGCUUAAAUUUUUCCACAUCAGCUACAGCAUACAGCGAGGAUGAUGCAGAAUAUGCCACCGGAAGACGUAAUAAAACUUCGAGGCAAGAUCCCUUAUCUCAUCGCAUCAUUGAGAAACGAAGACGCGAUCGCAUGAAUUCCUGCUUGGCAGACCUUUCACGACUCAUUCCACCUCAGUAUCAACGCAAGGGUCGUGGUCGUAUUGAGAAAACAGAGAUCAUCGAAAUGGCCAUUAGACAUUUAAAACAUUUACAAAGCGAAUGCAUCCAGAAGGACAACGAGUACCGAAUGGGUUAUACGGAUUGUAUGAAAGAGGCCGCCAAGUUCCUCUACGAGAGUCACAUGGAGGAGUUUUGUUACCGCUUGGUGGCACGUCUGCAGGAGCACUGCGUGGAGUUGAUGAAAAAUGACUGUUAUAAAUCACGUAGUUGUCAUAUACCAGAUAAUGUGAGUGCAUCGAGCGGUAGUCCGCAUCAAGCAUAUCACACGGCUGCGCCACUUUGUCAAUUGCGUGACAUGCUAGGCAAUUCGGAUAUUGAGCAGAGCAAUGACCAUAAUGAUGUUAAAGAUUUGAGUUUCCGCAAUCAUUUAAAUCAAAUGCAACGGAAUGUUGCUGCCGCAGCUGCUGCUGUUGCGGUUAACAAUAACACUAACAGUAGUAUCGUACAUGAGCAUAAUAGUAGCGGCAGCCAGACCAAUGCAGCUAGCAACUCAACCACUUCAUCGACGACAACGUCUUUGAAUAACACUAUUAGCACGACGACGGCCGUGCCUAACAACGGUGUUUUGGUAGUAGGCGGAGGUCCAACGAACAGUUCGCAACUACGUCCACAUCAGGCUCCCGUAAUAACUUCUACGGGGCCGGCGAUAUUGAAUCACCAUAACGAAUCCAGUAAUCACGAUUUUGAAUCAUCGCGAGAACCGCUCUUACAUACUGAUACGUCCAAUAUGCAUUCACCUCCACCACGCGAUUCAUUGCUGCAUCAUCACGCUCACCUGAGUCAUCAUCAACAUAAUUCGGAUAGUUUGUUGUCAGCGCGUAUGCGGAAUUUCUCUGAAUCAUCACACGAUAUUGAGCACAACAAUAACUAUAAGUACAAAAAUCAUAUAAAAGAGCGUUUUAAUCACGAACUGCAUGACGAAGAGACAUCUAGCGAACAUUGUCCGGCACCGCCACUUCUACAAAGCGAACAUUCACACACUCACUCCUUGUCUGAACAUUCGAAGGAUGGCACCGAGCCCGAAAUUGCACCAAUUAUAGCAAAGAAACGUAAAAUGGCAGAGGCUGCAGCUGCAGUGUUGGCAGCGGGCACAAGCGCCAAUAGCAAUAUCGCUUUGGACGACUGUGACACACGUCCCCCCACCACCACUAAUAGCAUGCUGAGCACGCGCGAUGAAAAACCCUUUAGUUUCGCCGACAUCAAAACUGAAUUAAGUGCACAACCCGGCUUUGGAGGUGCGAAGUCACAUUUUAGUACCCCCAGCAGCACUACCCACGUAUCACCGAAUUUACAAUCGUCGCGUUCUUUCGCUGUACCGAUCUUUGCUUUACACGGUCAAGGUACUUACUACAUACCACUAAAUAUUGAUUAUAACGUGUUAGUUCCAUUUCUUAAUGGCGCCGAUCUACUGGAAAAGAAUUAUGCGUCGAUGCCGGUAGUGCAUCCAAUAAAUAUUAAUGUAAAUUUUAUGCCCACCUCAUCAUCAACAUCGAUACUUGCUGCCGCUGCUGCAGCGGCCGCUGUAGUGGUGGGCAAACAGCAAUUGCCUCCUGUUAACGGCACGGUAUCCUCGACGGCAGCGGCUGCGGCAGCCAAUGUGGCAGCUGUGACCAAAGCUAAAUUAGAGAGCAUCAGUAACGGUUGGUAAUCACGAGAAUAUAUUCCAAUAUCAGUUAAAAACAUAUUACAAUAACUGCAACAACUGUGCGCAGGCGCACGAAAGUAUAUGGUGCAAAGGGUUUCACGCACUGGUCGUUUGUCUUCAUGACAAGGCUAAAUCCUCAAUUACUACUACAAGGAACAGCACUACCUCAGACAUCUGUGAAAUAGGAUGAAACAGUAAAGGUACUUUGAACCCAGCGUCAGUCUGCAACAAGUAGCUAGUUAUCGUCCACACACUAAGCUGCACGUAGUCCGCUAUUACAGCAACGACAUUUCGAACUGGAUAGGCUACGACUACCUGACUGACAGCUAGAAUGUUUACAGUUAUUUCAAAAUGAUAUUGAUUAUGCGGGCGAAGAAUAAAUAUGAAACAAAACUAAGCAAACAAACGAGGAAAGAAUUUAUUAAUAAUUGUAAAUACUACUGACUCUGAAAUUGAAGAGUUUAAUGAGGUUUCGUCUUUUCUAAAGGACAUAACAGCAACUAUUACAAAACGUAUAAAAAUGGCAAACAAUAAAUUAUUUACAAACUUUUAGAUACUGAAUUUUUCUGUUCACGGACUGGGAUAGCUGCAGAGCAAUGAGUGUGCAAUUGAAAGCUAAUUUUAGUUAGUUAUUUGGUAUAAAUGUAUGUAAGUUUUUACUUGUAUAUGAGUAGGGCAGCCAAGUUUUUUAAAAUGUAGGACUAAACACAAGUUACAUUUGCUGUGUAUUAAAUAAAAAACAAAUGCUACUAGUCAAAAGCUACAAUGAGAAAGAAAAAUAAUAAUAAAUGACGUGACUUUGUUAGAGAAAUAGGUUUACAAUUACUCAUACAAAAUAAUAAGUUAAUGUUACUUCUUGGAGUAAAAUUUGUAGGAUAUUUUGUGUAACAUAUUUCUUCUCAAACAAAAUAGUUUAUCAAAGUAAGUAAAAUUGUAAAAUGUUUUCUUUUCGCGAAGGAAAUUAAGUUAGUACUAAAGUUAUGGAAUAUUUGUUUUUAUUUGCUAAGGGGAAUAAUAUUCGAUAAAAUGGAAUAUUUUUAGAGUAUCUGCUUGUUAUAAGAAAUUGUAUACAUACAUACAUGAAAUAAUUAUGGAUACAAGCUAUUUUAAAUGUUAA